AAUUUUUCGUCCACCUAAAUCAUUUGUGGGCAUGUAAAAUAUUGACAUCUCCCGCCCACUGGCCGGUCUGCAGACUCACACAAAUACAGUUGUGUGUGUUUCUUAAAAAUGCACUCAGAUGCGUCAAAUUUCCAACUGAACUCCCACUUGUCAACACUGGCCAGUAUCCACAAGAUCUACCACACUCUGCACAGGCUGAACCUGACAGAAGACGUCGGUCCAGAGUCUCACGGCACAGCCUGCUGUUCCAGAGCCAUGCCUCCCAGGAAAAAGAGGAGGCCCACUGCUGGAGAUGACCUGUCUGCCAAGAAGAGCCGGCAGGAUAAUGUUUACAGAAAACAGGAGACAUUGCAAAUCCAGGAAGCUGAGGCUUUUUCUAGCAAGAGAUGUCUAGAGUGGUUCUACGAAUAUGCAGGGUGUGAUGACGUGGUUGGACCAGAGGGCAUGGAGAAAUUCUGUGAAGACAUUGGAGUGGAGCCAGAGAAUGUUGUAAUGCUGGUAUUAGCCUGGAAGCUUGAUGCUCAAAGUAUGGGUUACUUCACUUUACAGGAGUGGCUCAAGGGAAUGGGCUCAUUGCAGUGUGACUCUACUGAAAAACUCAGGAACUCUCUAGACUACCUGAGGUCUGUCCUCAACGAUGCCACCAGUUUCAAGCUCAUUUACCGAUAUGCCUUCGACUUUGCCAGGACUGCAAUUUGCCCCUCCCCCUCCUUGCAGGAGAAGGAUCAGAGGAGUUUAGACUUGAAUACUGCCAAGUGCAUGCUGGGACUUCUACUUGGGAAGACCUGGCCACUGUUUCCAGUGUUUAACCAGUUUCUAGAACAAUCUAAAUAUAAGGUCAUAAAUAAAGACCAAUGGUGCAAUGUUCUAGAAUUCAGUAGGACUAUUAACCUUGAUCUCAGUAACUAUGAUGAGGAUGGGGCCUGGCCAGUGCUGUUGGAUGAGUUUGUGGAAUGGUAUAAAGACAGAGAGAUGUCAUAGCGACAACUUCUCCACACCCACCACCACCAAGUAGAAAUGAAUUCCAACAAUCACCAUGACAAUACUGACAGAAACAGCCUUGAAACAAACAUCUAGAAAACAAAGUACAAAUCAAAACUGAAGUGUCUUGGGACAAACUGAUGGUGGCCCCUGGCGGCGAGGACAGAGUGUAUGAGUGAUUGCAUAGAAUGUAAUUAUCAGUGCACAUGUUGUAUGUUGCUCUUACAGCCAGGGCCAUAGGAGGGUUACUGGUGGUUGUGUGUUGGAGAAACAGCACCUCAUCAACUCCACCUAAUACCCCCUUAGCCCGCAAUGCAUUGUGGUUAAGCACACGGCCAGCCUCAGUGCUGCCCUCCCACCCCACUGUGAUGUUUCAUAUUGCUGUGAAUGUUUCAAUUGGCCCUUAUAAGGAGGAUGAAUUAUGAUUCUCCACAAGGCAGGGUAGAUAAAAGCUCCCAUCUUCUCGGAAAUCAUAAGUAAUUUUGGCCUGGAAGGAAGAGAAAGAAAGCUUGCCUGCUUAGCCUUUACUGAAGUUCUUUGACUUAUUACUAAGUCUCCUUUUUUUGGUUCAUGUCAAAGGUUUAUGUAAGUGGCCUACAGUGUCACUGCUGAUGUGGUUCAAAUACUGUUGGUUUCUGUGUUGAAGGAUGAUGACAGUCUGAGCAUGUUACUGUAGUUAUACAGUGACCUUUGCCAGCUUUUAUUUUUGCACAAUGCAUUGUCUCAGUGCAUUUUGUUGCCACUUAAUAAAGCAUGUCACAUGAAAGAGUGUCAUUGACAUUCUGCUACAACAGAGAAGUACUUCAUGUGGUGUUUUAUCAGUAUCCCACCACUUAAAGUCUUCAUAUUGAUUAUGAGAUAAGAGAAGAGCUUUACUGCUCAUAACAUGAAAAAUGGAGCUGUACUUAUUUCAUACUUUUGCCAGAGUAUCCACAUGUAUUAACAGUGUACUGAAAUACUCUGUUGAAAUACAGCACAUAAAUAUACUAGGCAUUAAAUAUCCCUGCAGAGGCUUACAAAUAUGCGAUGGAAAUUAGACAGUGCCAGUACGUAAACUACAUCUACAUGUUGUAGUCCAUCCUGUCUUCUCUGCUCUGAACCUUUGGCCUUUUAUCUGAAAUGGCGUGGGAAUUUGCAUCAAGAUGGUUACUUGGUGUGAUAACUAAUCACUAAGUUUGAAAUGUGAUCAGGUGUAAGAUAUCCUUAUAUACUGAAUUUUUAUGUCUUCCCUUUUAAAAUCUACCGUAAAUGGAGCGUAGAGCCCAGUAUUCUUUUCCUGGCUCACAAGACUGUUUUUAUAGAUCUGGCCAUCUUGCCAAGGAGUGUGUGUGAGAAGGGACUACAGAGUACAUUCACUAUAUCACUUCUUCAUACAUCUGAUUUUGUUGCAUAGUUCAUGAGCAAACCCUAGCAAUGUAACUAUACUGUACAUGCCAUAGGGUGAAAAUGAAAGGGCUAAGUGAUAGAACAGAGACAAGAAAGAGAGACAGCUCUUACAUUGCACUUUUAACAGUGCAAUAUUUCUGUGAUAAAUUGCGACAAAAUACAUAACAGGUAUCCUGCCCUAAACACACCUUUGGCCGCACCCUCUUCCGUAUAUCUUAAUCCAUGCAGACCAAUGCCUAGCAACUAAACAUUCUAGUUAUGUUUGUAAAACUGUUAAGUUUUGUCAAUGGCUAUGGCGUGAAGCUAACUUGUCAUCUGACCAAUGCAAAAAAUGCAUGCAUGCAUUCUGCAAUUAGAGCCAUCUUGUGAAUGAAUGAGGUUUUUCUGUUUGUUUCCUUUGUUUUGUACAGGUAUUUGUAGAAGUGGAUUUUUUUUUUUUUUUUUUUUUUGCUUAAUUUGGGUAUCUGCGGUCAUGCAGUCUUAACGCUUCAUGAAAAAUAUGAUCGUGUGAUGGUAUUUAGAGCUUAAAAACACAUGUAACCUCAUCUGUUGAGAUGUUCUUCUCUGCAUUUCCUCGUCCACCAUCUCCACCAAGUGCUAAACUACCACUUGAUCAUGAGUUAUGAGUGAAUGCAGCACUUCAGUAAUUUAAUGAGGAAUUUUGUUAUCUGUUCAUAAAACGAGGAAUUAAAGUAGAGGCAAAAUCAUUAUCAACCUUUAUUAAAGAGCUUAUGUUGAGUAACAGUAUUGUUUAUACCUGAUUAUAAGAUAUUUUUUGUUCUGUUUUAAGAAUCUGUUUGCUGAUGUUUAGCCGAGGGAUGAAGGUUGCUCUCAAUAAUUUACAUACGAAGUGCAGAAAAGUAUCUGAGACCUAAGCCGUCUAUGUAUGUUGUGCAAUGUGCAUGCUGGCCAGAAUCCAUUUGUAAAGUGUCUAUCGACACUUGUCAUAGUCUCAUUCAUUUGCACCUGUUUGUGCCUGUGGGAGAUAGUUGCUUAAAAUUUGAGGGUCUGAACUGUUAGAGUUCCCCUAUGUUCUGACUGUUGCUUUAGUUGGGGGAGUGUGUAAUGCAGAGGGUUGAGCAUUCUCAUUUGACUGUAUAUAUGUAUGGAUGUGUGUAUAUGUGUUUGUUUUCACUGUAACCUCUACAUUCAGUAUAUAUAAAGGGGUUUAUUAACAAAA